UUGUGUACGUCUGUUGCCCGCCCGACAUCUUCCGUGGCCUGAUGCUCCAGGCGCACCGGGAAGGGCUGACCGCCGGCGAGUAUGCCUUCUUCUACAUGGACCUCUUCGGGAGCAGCCUCCAGAGCUCCCGGUUUCCCGACCCGACCCUGCCUUGGCGACGUGGGGAUGGGAACGACGGGGCGGCCCGUGAGGCUUACAAGGCUGUCAUGCUCAUCACUUACACCGAACCCCAAAAUCCGGAAUACCACUCGUUUCUCCAGGACAUCAAACGAACCUCCCAGGAGCAGUUUAACUUCACCAUGGAAGACGGACUGGAAGAUUUCAUCGUGGGGGCUUUUUACGACGGGGUCAUGCUCUACGGCCAGGCGGUAAAUGAGACGUUGGCGCUGGGCGGCUCUAUCACCGACGGCUUGGCCAUCACGCUCCAGAUGCGUAACCGGACUUUUCAAGGAAUCACGGGGCUCCUGCGGAUCGAUCAGAACGGAGACCGGGAAAUGGAUCACUCCCUCUGGGAUCUGGAUCCGGCCAGCGGAGUGUUUGAGGUCGUGGCCAUUUACAACGGGACCACCAAGAAGAUCGAAACGAUCCCUGGGAAAAAGAUCCACUGGCCAGGCAACGCCGUUCCGAGGGAGGUGCCCUUUUGCGGGUUUGAAAAUGAAAAUCCGCUUUGCCAGAAAGCCUCGUUUUCCUUGCUGGAGAUCUUGGCGCUCGUGAUGACGUUACUCCUGUUUGGCAUCAUCCUCACAGCCUUCUUUGCCUACCGGUGAGU